AUGAACUUGUGUGAAUACUUCAAAGACAGCAGGAAUAUAAAGAAGCUCAAGGACCCCCAACUGCGGGUCCAGCUGUUGAAGUACAGAAAAUGUGUCAUUGUGCACACCCUUGGUGUGUUGCCCAAGACUCAGCAUGACUUCAGCUCCUUCGGGGUGGACAUGUGGUACCAGACGGAAAUGAUGCUCUGCUUCUCAGUCAAUGGGGUGUUCAAGGAAAUGGAAGGAAGUUCUCAAGGCUGUGUGUUUGCCUUCACCUGGACCUUCAUUGCUACCUCUGCCAGCUAUGCCAGCUGGCAGAGAAAGCCUGUGGGUUUUUGCGACCUGAACCUGUACUUAUGGGAACAGCUGCUGGUAGAGAGUGAAAUGGAGGAGGAGGAUGGCCUGGCCUCUGUGCAUGUCCAUCCCAGGAUGGUGGAUGUCGGAGAUCUGAUCUCUAAUUACUGGAAUGACUUAGAGACUGAAACCGACAAAGCAGGCUCCAUCUAG